AUGGCACGCUUGAGUGUAAAGCUGCCCAGGGACACUCUACAAUACUCUUUGGAGAACUCAUCCCAGUAUUUCUUGGAGGACCGUGAAACUCAUGCCAUGGCUUAUCGCAUCAAGACAUGGCUAUCCGAGGACGAGACCCAGUUGCCGUCGACAGGACACACAAGUUUCUGUUCCGAUCUCAAGUCCCUGGAGAAGAAUUUUGAGACUGAUUUAAGGUCCUUGGGAAAGGUGACUGCACGACCAAGAGCCAACUCAACCGUUCGUCAUUCGAUCCGAGACUCUGUACGGGGAAGUAUACUUCUCGGAGCAGUACGAUAUGAGGAUAUGGUUCCUGGCAUGGUUCCGAGGCAAGGUGAAGAAUUUGAAAAGCUUCAACAACGCCAAUCUCGGUUCUCAGAAUAUGAAAAUGCCGCCAUCGACACGGCGUCAAUAGAAGACGACGGAAUGCAGCAUGCGACUGGGAUGAAGCUUGCUUUGGUCAUUACUGCAUUAUGCUUUGCCGUAUUUGUCAUGGCUUUGGAUAACUCCAUAAUAGCUACUGCUAUUCCAAGGAUAACAGACGAGUUUCACAGUCUACCCGACAUUGGCUGGUACGGUUCCGCAUAUAUGCUUACCGGGUCAUCUUUUCAACUGCUCUUUGGCAAGUUCUAUACCUUCUGGAGCAUCAAAUGGAUCUUUCUCGGAACCAUUGGCAUCUUCGAACUCGGCAGCAUUGUCUGCGCUGUCGCACCUAACAGCGUGACUCUCAUCAUUGGACGGGCUGUCGCUGGUAUGGGAUCAGCCGGCAUUUUCGCCGGAGCGCUCACCAUUCUCGCCUACACUGUUCCUUUAGAGAAACGACCCAUCUACAGCGGUUUGAUUGGCAGUAUGUGGGGGAUCUCGUCGGUCGCUGGGCCCCUUCUUGGUGGUGUCUUUACAGAUAGGUUGUCAUGGAGAUGGUGUUUCUACAUUAAUCUUCCUGUUGGCCUCGUUACAGUGGCCGUCAUCACAUUCUUCUUUCCUGACCCAAAGCGGAAAAAAGUCCCCAUGACGUGGAAGCAGCGCAUUUGGCAAAUGGAUCCGAUCGGCACUAUUGUCUUCUUGCCGGCUGUCGUUUGUCUUCUGUUGGCCCUGCAUUGGGGGGGAUCCGAAUACCCUUGGGACAGCGCGGGAAUCGCGUCUCUUCUCAUGCUGGCUGCAGUCCUUAUCCUUUUGUUUCUCUACGUCCAAUGGCGAAUGCAAGACAACGCAACUGUACCACCUCGCAUCUUCAAGAAACGAACGGUCUGGGCUUCGUCACUGUUUGAGUUCUUUAUUGGUGCCUGCUUCUUACUCGCCGUGUACUUCUUGCCAAUUUGGUUCCAAGCUGUCAAGGGCGCGAGUCCGGUCAAGUCGGGCGUCAUGAACAUCCCCAUGCUGCUGAGUGUUGUUAUUUUCACCGUCACCAGCGGCGCCAUCGUCUCCUCAUGGGGCUACUACACACCCUUCAUCAUCGGAGGAGCCGUUCUCAUGCCCAUUGGCUACGGGCUCAUGUCCACGCUCACGGCUGAGUCUUCGGCCGCCGCAUGGAUAGGAUAUCAAAUCAUUGCAGGGGCUGGCGUGGGCAUGGGCAUGCAGCAGCCGCUCAUCGCAGUCCAGGUUGUCCUCGACAUGGCAGACGUGCCCACCGGCACGGCAAUCAUCAUAUUCAUGCAGUCACUCGGGGGAGCGCUCUUCGUGUCCGCCGGCCAAACCGUGUUCACCAACCGUCUCGAGAACUUUGUGCACGAGUUUGCUUCUCAGGUUGACCCCAAGGCCGUUCUCGCGGUGGGCGCGACAGGAAUUCGAACCGCUUUCUCGGAGAAGGUUCUGGGCGGGAUCGUGAGGGCGUUUAAUUCCGCGCUCACGAAUUGUUUUUGGGUUUCGACGGCGACGGCGUCUGCGGCAAUUACGGGCGCCGUGUUUGUGGAGUGGAAGAGUGUGAAGGGGAAGAACGUGGAUAUGGCGGCUGCUUAA